AUGUCGGUGAACAUGGAGGAGCUGCGGCACCAGGUGAUGAUCAACCAGUUCGUGCUGGCGGCCGGUUGCGCCGCCGACCAGGCUAAGCAGCUGCUGCAGGCGGCCCACUGGCAGUUCGAGACGGCCCUGAGCGCCUUCUUCCAGGAGACCAACAUUCCCAGCAGCCACCACCCCCCCCAGAUGAUGUGCACCCCCAGCAACACGCCGGCCACGCCGCCCAACUUCCCGGACGCCUUGGCCAUGUUCUCCAAGCUGCGCACCUCGGAGAGCCUGCAGAGCAGCAACAGCCCCAUCACCUCCAUGGCCUGCUCCCCCCCGGGCAGCUUCAGCCCCUUCUGGGCCUCCUCGCCCCCCAGCCACCAGCCCUCCUGGCUGCCCCCCUCCUCGCCCACCGCUCACGGUCUCCAUCACCACCUCCACCACCCGCAGCCCGCCUGGCCCCCAGCCCCACCACCUGCAGCCCCCCCACAGAAAGCCGUGGCCACCAUGGACGGCCAGAGAUAA